AUGCCUAGCAUGGCUUCCUCUCUUCUGCUUCCACUUUAUUCUACUUGUGGUAAAAUUCCUUCUCUUACUGCUGCUCCUCAAGGCACUUCUGUUAGAAGAUUUGUUCUUAAAGUGAAGUCCUCAGAGACAAGAAAAUCCACUUCUAAUGCUAAUGAUAAUGCCAUGUUUAUUAUCAAUUCACGUAGAGAGUUUCUUGGAUUAGCAUUAGGAGGAGUCUCUACACUUUUUAUCCAUUCAUUUGAUGCUGCCAAUGGAGCUGGUUUGCCACCAGAAGAAAAACCUAAACUAUGUGACAGUAAUUGUGAGAAAGAGCUUGAAAAUGUGCCUAUGGUAACUACUGAAUCAGGUUUGCAAUACAAGGAUAUUAAGGUUGGGCAAGGCCCUAGUCCACCAGUUGGAUUUCAGGUGGCUGCUAAUUAUGUUGCAAUGGUUCCAUCUGGACAAAUAUUUGAUAGUUCAUUGGAGAAAGGCCAGCUUUACAUUUUUCGAGUUGGAUCUGGUCAGGUGAUAAAAGGACUUGAUGAAGGUCUUUUAAGCAUGAAAGUAGGCGGGAAACGUCGGCUGUACAUACCUGGAUCAUUGGCAUUUCCAAAAGGGCUUAAUUCUGCUCCAGGAAGACCAAGGGUGGCUCCGAAUAGUCCAGUUAUAUUUGAUGUAAGUUUGGAAUAUGUACCCGGACUCGAAGUGGAAGAGGAAUAA